CCCCUGACACACAGGGUUUGCCAAGUGAGACUACCUUGGCCUCUCUCUACGUUAUUAAUAAUGACCUAACAUACCUUACUUUAUGAGUUUGUCAUUUAUAUAAAAGUGGAUUUGUACAGCAAUCACAGUUAUCUUAAGAGCUUUGAUCACUCUGAAGUCGUUAUUUUCACUGUUACAAGAAGAGAAACAGGUUUCUAGGAUUUGAACCCGUUGGCUAAGUCAUCUUUAUCUUUCAAGUUUUUGCACAUGAGGCUUCCCAUGUUCACUGCUACUCUGCAUUACUGCCCAGAUUUCUGUGUGAUUUCCAUUAGUAACUACAAAGCAAAAAAAAAAUGUUUCUUGAUUUUUGGGGAAAUCAAAACUGUAGGUCAUGUGCAGGUUUGUGUUGAAGCCCUCUUUGACCUGUUUUCAGCUGUUGCUUUGACUUUUGAACACUGCUUAGUUGGGUCUGGAAAGACAGCACUUGCUCCUGAAAGUAUGUCCACCUGUUCCCCCACUGGACCAGUUGGAAAGGAAUGCGAGGACUCUGGGGCUGCCAUGCCCACCCGACUCCAAUGGCCAGGUCUGGGAGGUUCUCCUCAACCUGAAGCUCUGACAUGAGCUUCAAGCCUUGUAAUUGCCCCUCUCCCUGUCCUAUAACAGUAUCACUGUUGGCCUCUGGGCCUGGAGGUUGCUGAAGUUGCCAGUUAAAGUCUGGGGGGGAAAGUACCUUCAAAUUAAUCCUCAGAAUGUCCGAGGAGAACAUUCUUGUCCAGUCUCUUCAUUGCAUGGGAGAAUGGGCCGAACGGGCCACUCACUCAUUUUUAUUAGUAUGUGGUCUUCUGGAGCAUGGGAAGAAAAAUGAAAGGGUGCUCACUUUUCUCCUGACAUUUUUUAAAAUAGAAGAAAUACGUGUUUAUUCUAGAAAAUGCAAUAAUUUAUAUUGUAAAAGUCACCUAGUAGCAUUGAGCCCAGAGAUAACCACUCUUAAUAUGCAUGUCCUUGCAGCUCUUUAUGCGCAUAUAUACCUUUGCCUAUUAAAAUAUUAGGGGUAGGAGAGGCCUCCCUGGUGGCCUAGGGGUUAAGUCUCAGCACUAUCAUCGCUUUGGCCUGAGUUCUGAGUUGGAUCCCCCGCCAGGGAGCUGACCCACAUAUGGCACAGCAGACCUCUCCUGUUUCUCCCUUUGCUCCCCUUAGCAGUGUAUUUCAGUAAGCCCACCUGCUUUGCUCCUCACUUUGUCUCUGUUGAAUCCUCCCAUCCCGCACACCUCUGGCCUACAUCUCAGUUCUUCUAUACACACACACACACACACAUAUUAGAGGUAGGAAGCUGCAGAUUAACUUUUGUUUAUUAUUUUUUCUGCUAGUGUUAUACUUUCAGAAUUUUCCUCCAUUGAGAAUUAUUGGAAAACUGGAUUUGAUGGAUAUGUAGUUAUUUGAAUGUGCGUUUUAUUUAUCUUACUAGUCCCACAGCAGGAAACUUUCCCAGAGAGGCAGUGCCCUGUCUCCUACCCCCAGCCCCACAGGUGGGCACUUCCCCCAAAAGUGCCAUGCCCAGGUUGAAUCCCCACCCCCACCUUGUGGAGCUUUGGUAGCAGAGAAGGCACAGAGAGGGCCCCAGGCCUGGUGGCAGGUGAUCUGGCGAAUGAGUGACUUGGCAUAUGUCACCUCUUGUCUGUGUUUUGGAGAAAUUACAUAUUAAAGAAAAGGCUCAUAUCUGCCCAUGGCAAAGGCAUAUGCCUUAUAAAUACGGGUGCACCCGGAGAGGCCACAUGGUAUGCUGUGUGGGCUGCCUAGGUCACUGAGGAUGUGACCCUCACAAUCACUUUGAAUGGGCAGGGCAGAGCGUCUCAGUUGGCAACUGGGAGACCUGAAUUGUAAUUGUGGCUUUUGGUUAUGGAACUUUAACCGAUUCCUUUAGCCCCGUUGGGCUUCGGUUUUCUUAACUAUAAAAUAGGGUGCUUGCCAGUUCUGAUGUUGAUUCUAUAGAAGUCCCCUUUCAUUUGACAGAAUGUUCCGUUGUCAGAGUGCCUUGGCUGGGGUUAGGUGGAAACAGGAUGUCACCCUGGGGCCUGGGUGAGGCCUGAGCUUGGUAACUUAACUUGUGUGUCUGGUGGUUUAGCAGAUGUGUAACUUUACAAGAGAGUUUGCAGGCUUUCAUUGUCCCCUCUCACUGUGCCCUGCAUCCAUUUCAUCUCCAUUAUAACGACCAUUUAUUGAACACCUACUAUGUCGACACUUCACGAGUUAUCUCUAGUUUUCAUAGUAGUCUUGCAAGGCAUCCCUAUCCUAGUUUUUAUAGAAGAGGAGAUGGGCCCUAUGAGGUUAAAUAAAUUGUUUGAGGCCAUACAGCCAGGGAGUAUGAGGUUCAUGUCACACAGCUAGGAGAUUCAAACCCUGCCAGCCUCCAAAGCCUCAGUUUUUGACCGUUGGACCGUUGGCUUGCUGCUUCUCAUUAGAAAGGAUGGAGGGAGGUCUGCUUAAAUGGGGCAUAUUAGGGGCAUGGCCUCUGUGACGACCCUCAAAGCUUCCCUUUGCCACUUCCCCCAAACUGCCCCUUUUCCAGGAAGUGGGAGAAUCUGCCUGGGUCAUGGCACUUCUGAAAAGUAAAGGGCAAAAAUAAACAUAGAGUCUGGGUCUAGGCUCAGGGAGGCCCCACCACAUUCAUGGGCUCUGUGACAUGGGAGGGUGGAAUGUUACUUCAGAGCCUUCCUGACGGACUUGGGUCCCAACUGUGGCCCAGGCCACUCCCUAUGUUGGGGAGAGCCAUCUGGCAAGUGACGUGCAGCAUGGUAUGGACUGAGGUGGAUGGACAGAUAGAUGAAGGCCAGCCAAGACCCAGGGAUGGGAGAGACAGGCAGGCAGGGGAGCUGGGGCAUUUUCUAAGAAAUCUCACCUUAGCAAGCCCUUCCCUUAUAUAAGGGAAGAUAGGGGAACUUCCCAGGAGUCAGGGGAGCCUUCUGGAUACCUGGGUGAUCAUAGAAGGUGACCUGUUUAAAACCAGUACUGCCCUUUUUGAAAGUGAGGGAGCUCUGUUCCUUGGACUUGCUUCAAAAACAAACACAGUAUCUGGGAUCCCAGCCUUUUUCUGCAGCCCCAAGUGUUCAUGGACCAAUUCCAAGAAGUAGCAUUUCAGGAUCAAAAGGCCCUUCCCGAGGCAGGGCCAUGCUCACGUUCAUGGCCUCUGACAGCGAGGAAGACGUGUGUGACGAGCGUACAUCCCUGAUGUCAGCCGAGAGCCCCACGGCGCGUUCCUGCCAGGAGGGCCAGCAGGGCCCAGAGGAUGGAGACAACGCUGCCCAGUGGAGAAGCCAGGAGAGCCAGGAGGACCACGAGGAGGACUCUGACCACUAUGUCUGCAGUGGGGUGCCCGGACGGCCACCAGGCUUGGAGGAAGAGCUCACCCUUAAAUAUGGGGCAAAGCAUGUGAUCAUGCUGUUUGUGCCUGUCACCCUGUGUAUGGUUGUGGUAGUGGCCACCAUCAAGUCCGUGCGUUUCUACACGGAGAAGAAUGGACAGCUCAUCUACACGCCAUUCACUGAGGACACCCCCUCAGUGGGCCAGCGCCUCCUCAACUCCGUGCUGAACACCCUCAUCAUGAUUAGCGUCAUCGUGGUCAUGACGAUCUUCCUGGUUGUGCUCUACAAGUACCGCUGCUACAAGUUUAUCCACGGCUGGUUGAUCAUGUCCUCUCUGAUGUUGCUGUUCCUCUUCACCUAUAUCUACCUCGGAGAAGUGCUCAAGACCUACAACGUGGCCAUGGACUACCCCACCCUCUUCCUGACCGUCUGGAACUUCGGGGCGGUGGGCAUGGUGUGCAUCCACUGGAAGGGCCCCCUGGUGCUGCAGCAGGCGUACCUCAUCAUGAUCAGCGCGCUCAUGGCCUUGGUGUUCAUCAAGUACCUCCCAGAGUGGUCUGCGUGGGUCAUCCUGGGCGCCAUCUCUGUGUAUGAUCUCGUAGCUGUGUUGUGCCCCAAAGGGCCACUGCGAAUGCUGGUGGAAACUGCUCAGGAGAGAAAUGAGCCCAUAUUUCCUGCCUUGAUAUACUCAUCUGCCAUGGUGUGGACAGUGGGCAUGGCCAAGCUGGACCCCUCCUCGCAGGGAGCCCUGCAGCUUCCCUACGACCCAGAGAUGGAAGAAGAUUCCUAUGACAGUUUUGGGGAACCUUCCUACCCUGAAGUCUUUGAACCCCCGCUGCCUGGCUACCCGGGAGAAGACUUGGAGGAAGAGGAGGAAAGAGGGGUGAAGCUUGGCCUCGGAGACUUCAUCUUCUACAGCGUGCUGGUGGGCAAGGCGGCGGCCACGGGCAGUGGUGACUGGAACACCACGCUGGCCUGCUUCGUGGCCAUCCUCAUCGGAUUGUGUCUGACUCUCCUGCUGCUGGCCGUGUUCAAGAAGGCGCUGCCCGCCCUGCCCAUCUCCAUCACGUUUGGGCUCAUCUUCUACUUCUCCACGGACAACCUGGUGCGCCCUUUCAUGGACACCUUGGCCUCCCAUCAGCUCUACAUCUGAGGGGGCAGGGCACUGCGGGCCAGGUGUAGGAAAUUUUAACUGCAGUUGUAUAGCUUUACAUUCUAGUGCCAUAUAUUUUUAAGACUUUUCUUUCAGUAAGAAAAAAAGAGAAUAAAAAAGAAUUGUGUUUACUUCAUGAAGAGGAAGAACCAGUUUCUUGGUGCUAGUGGUUUUGUCACCAGAUCUCGGCUCUCCCUCCGCGAACACUUGCUUCACUGAUCAGAAGCAGGAAGCGGAUCUAGAAGAACCGAGGAGGGCUAGAGACGUGGGGCCCGUGAGAAGGCGCCACCCGCACAACCCCGCCUGGGGUGCUCCGAGGGUCAAGACACGAUGGCGGGCGUGCAGGUACUCGGGACCAGGAGUCCAGCCCUGACAGCUCUCAGCACCGAUGGCUCUGGCUGGAGAAGAAAAGCCAAUUUUCUCUGCAAGGAAUGUCCCCAAGCUUUGUCUACGAUGGAGCCAUUAUUUUAUUACCUUUAGAAACUGAGUCCUAUUUUUGUUCCAGCAGUGACUGCUGGGAAGUGGCUUAAUAUUAAUGUCAAUAAAUAGAUGAAUCCUGUUGGAAUGGUGGAGUUUGGUCUGUUUGUGAGAGU